ACUUCGUUUUCGGCAUUCAAACGUUUCAGUCUCAAAAUAAAGUUCGUGCGCAGUGAACGCAAAUAGUAGCUAAGUGGAGAAGCAGGCAGUGCCAGUUGCAACUUUUAGUCAGUAGUUGCUAAAAAAAUAAAUAUAUAUUUUUUUUUUCUUUUAAAAGCCGAACGUGGUCAUAAUUUAAAUAAUAUACAGAUAUCGAAGAUGGCCGCGCCCAAAAAGAACAUGGAGUCUGGACAAGCAUUCGAUUCCAAUGCAAUGACGUUGACGCGCUUUGUAUUGCAGGAGCAACGUAAAUUCAAACAUGCCACCGGUGAUCUCUCCCAGCUGCUCAACUGCAUACAAACAGCAAUUAAGGCCAUAGCCUCAGCAGUGCGCAAAGCUGGCAUAGCCAAGUUACACGGCAUUGCAGGCGAUAUCAAUGUACAGGGUGAGGAAGUGAAGAAGCUGGAUGUGCUUUCAAAUGAAUUGUUCAUAAAUAUGAUGAAAUCGUCCUACACCACUUGCUUACUAGUAUCCGAGGAAAAUGAGCAUGUGAUUGAAGUGGAGGUGGAGCGACAGGGCAAGUAUGUUGUGUGCUUCGACCCACUUGACGGUUCCUCAAACAUUGAUUGCUUGGUCUCGAUUGGUUCAAUCUUUGCCGUGUAUCGUCGCAAAAGCACCGAGGGUGCGCCCACACUGCAAGACGCGCUACAGCCUGGUAAUCAAAUUGUUGCCGCCGGCUAUGCCCUUUAUGGUUCCGCCACUGCCAUCGUUUUAAGCUUAGGUUCGGGCGUUAAUGGCUUCACUUAUGAUCCGGCAAUUGGUGAAUUCAUUUUGACUGAUCCGCUUAUGCGUGUGCCUGAGAAGGGUAAAAUCUUUUCCGUCAACGAAGGUUAUGCCUCCGAAUGGGAGGCGGGUGUUUUCAAUUACAUCGCCGCGAAAAAGGAUCCCGCUAAGGGUAAGCCAUAUGGCGCACGCUAUGUUGGUUCUAUGGUGGCUGAUGUACAUCGUACCAUCAAAUAUGGUGGCAUUUUCUUAUACCCGGCAACGAAAUCAGCGCCUAGUGGCAAAUUGCGUUUAAUGUACGAAUGCAAUCCGAUGGCAUAUUUGAUUACGCAAGCGGGUGGUUUGGCCAGCGACGGACGGAUUAACGUAUUGGAUAUUGUGCCGCAAAAGAUUCAUGAGCGUAGCCCCAUUUUCCUUGGAUCGAAGCAGGAUGUCGAGGAGGCGUUGAGCUAUGUGCAACAAAAACAAAAGUAAUUACGAACAUAAAUGGCGAAACCGUUGUGGAAUAUAGAUUUCCAGCAACACUCCCCAAAAACUCGUUGGGGAGCUUGUAUGCUGCUAAAAUGCCGACUAAAUGUGUGCCCUUCUGGCAUAUUGAUUUAUAGGAUAAGAUGAAGUCUGAAUAAGCUUUAGAAUUGAAUAAAUAAAUACCUAAAUAAAAGUCUGCAAAAAAGUAUAGAAAUAAUAAAAUAAUAAAAAA